AUGGCACUCGUCACCUCGGCGGACAAGAACUAUGUUAUCCGCCGCAUCGACGAGGUGCCCCCUAAAUUGAUGGAGGACUCGGGCGAAAUGGCCGUCACUGGUCCCGUCAUCGAGGGCAGCCCGAACGUGACCCUCUACAAGACCGAUCGAGAGGUCUACGACUAG